GAAAAGAUAGAUGCAAAAACAACAUGACCACUACAAUGGACAUAAAUGAAUGGGUGGGGUCUCAGGAGGAUAUUAAGGAUGUAGUGGUGGCAUGUCCUGAUUAAGAAGUCUACAUCACAGAUGUUCACAGAUGUAUAGUUCUCACAAAGAUCGUACAUAUAUGCACCUAGACAUAUAAACAUGCUCUCCAGGACCGGAGUUGGAGACCCCUGGCUUAGGUGGUGGAACAGUGGUGCUCCAGUAAAUGAUGUACUCACGCAUUUUCACCUCACACAAGAGCACAUCCAUUUCCUCAGCUGAAAACCAAUCUGGUUUGCCAGAUAAACAUGGUGUUUUAUUCAUGCACUGCUGCCUCGUGCUCGUGCCAUUCCAAUUGGUUCACUGCAUAUUACGCCCAAAACACACCUCUGAAUAACUAAGAGAGUUGGGACAACCUUUUCUGUUGACCCUUUCAGUCUGAUUGGAUCAUUUAUUGACUAUUCAUGUAUUUUGUGGUAUUUAUAAGUUUGGCCAUUUGAACGCUUCAUACAUAGUACACGCAGUUGUGAAUGAAGAUCAAGAACCAAUUAGAUUUCUGCUCCUAACUUUUACUACAACAUUCCAGACAGAAUCAGGUUUAUUGGCCAAGUGUGUGUGUGGCUCACACAAGGAAUUUGUUUCCGACAGUUGGUCUCUCCGGUACAAUACCAUACAAUAGAACAAAACGGCACAGAUUAAAUACAAUAUAAAAGACAUCUUAUUUACAGACAGACAAUGUACGUAAAGUGAAAACAUACAAGGUGAAAAGUGUAUGGUAUGUCUUAGAUUCAGUUCAGUGGUGUGUUGUGAGUGGAGCAGGGUGUAGCGCUGAGAAGACUGGUAGGAGAUGAGCGGACAGUUAGACAUGUAUUUAUAUUGUAAUUUCAGUGGAAGUUUGCGGAUCUAUAUCAUUAAACUGUAUUUUGUCUACAUCGUGUUCACAAGUGAGAAAACUCACUUUGUUGCCAAGAUGAAAAUUUUUCGGCAGUACAAUUAACCAGCCCUGCAGGACAUCUAUGCUGAAAGGUGCAGAUCCCGGGCCACCAGGAUCACUAGGGCCUCCAGCCAUUCUGCCUACAAACUGUUCAGGCCACUGAGGUCUGGGAAACGCCUCUGCAGCCUGAAGUCAAGAACUGAACGGUUUAGGAGGAGUUCUUACCCACAAGCAGUGAGCCUCCUCAACCACAGCGCACGCACAGUCUUCUACUAAGCAUUUCCAGAUCUUAUAAAAUAUUUGCAUAUCUGCAUUUUAUGGCACAUCUACAGUGGGAUUUAUAUCUUCACAGUGCAAUCUGUAUACAGUGCAAUUUAUACUUCAUAUUUAUACUUUCACAGUGCACUGUUAUGGAUACUGUGAGGGACCAGCAAGCAGAGUCAGGGGCACAGAAUUCGUUACUAACCAAAACUUUACUGAAAAUCCAAAAAUCAUCAAAAUACAAAACAAUAUCCAACAAAGGAAAAUCCAGGGCCCAAUAAAAUGAGGUCAACCAAAUAGAAUGAAACCAAAAUUAAAGCAAAGCAUAACCCAACCUACACUGAACAUAACUGACCUAACAAAUAACACACUGGGGAAACAUAUAUACUGGGUGAUCAAUCCAGCAACACACACAAGGGGGGAACACUACCAUAACAUUUAUACCUACAUGCCACUAACUAAAUAAACCCCAUAACAUAGAGCCCAUAAGAUUAUACAAACAAUUUUAUAAAGAAAAACCUAAAUAAAAAAAUGUUAACAAAAAUAUAACAAACACCUAUACCACAACCCAGCUCCUCACCCCCCUACUGUGGGCACCUGUUGGCACUGCCAAUGGGAAUUAAAAUGGAACCAUGACCGUCCUGGCCGUUUGCCCGUCGGACCAAAAAAAUGCAUGCACCACUUCCAGUUUCACCCCAGCUCUGCCCACGGUCAGGUCCACUCAGCUCGGCCCCUGCCCCGCCUCCCCGUCCGGACCCCGCCCACGACUUCCCGCAAGACCGGCCGUCACUUCCGUCCGGCGAAAAGGUUGGUUAUUGGUUUACGAUUAUUCGCUUUGCCCUUUCCUGUACUUCUGCCUUGGUUUGUUUGCUUUUUGGUUUCGAUCUCCUGCCCGGUUUUUGGUUUACGUCUUCGCGCGCCCCUCGGAUUCUGACGCUUUGCUCUGUGUAUGUUCUGUGUGUGUGUGUGUUAGGUGCGUAGGGAGUGGUUGCCAUAACCCUAGACUGUGGUUCGUAACAGUCCCCUUGAGAAACUUAACAAGCAGCUUCAUCUCCCACCUACAAUCAAGCAUCGCAAGUGUUCCACAUCCGGAGAUGACUGUAGAGGAUGUGAUGCUCUCCCUCAAGUGGGAUCUCCCUCCAACAUCUGUCUGGGAGUCUGUCCAGAACACCUCCAGUCCUGCUUGGAGUACGGUCAGUCUGGAGCAUCUCCAAGCCCAGUACUGUAUGGGAGACACCUUAGAUGUGCGUGUGGACAUGCGGGACCACAGUGGGAGGCCCAAGACUCAUGGAGGAGACUUCAUAUUGGCCCGGAUUCACUCCCCCAAACUACAGGCCUCCACCACAGGAGCCGUCACUGACCUCCGCAACGGCUCCUACCGUGUCCGCUUCACCCUGCUCUGGCCUGUGGAGGUGCAAGUCUCUGUGCUCCUCAUUCCUGAAAUAUGCGGUGUUAUCUGUAUUCUCUCUCUGUCUAUAGUUACCCCCAUCAGCACAGGUAGGGAUUGUGCUCAGAGAAUCAGUCCCAACAUCCCGAGUGGUUAUUACUGGAGAAACCAGUGGUCUUCCUUCUGCUGUCAAACUGGCAGCUUCUUCACUUCGGAGUCCAUCAACAGCUGUCUGAAGGGAAAGACACUCUACUUUAUGGGAGACUCUACUAUGCGUCAGUGGAUAGAGUUUAUGAACAGCUUACAAAAUGAUAAAAGCAAAGACUACCGUGGCUUUUCCCUCUUGAAGAUUCUUAACAUUAAGAGCAACUACACCGUCUACUGGAGAAAUCACGGUCAUCCCAGGAUUACAGUUAGUAAAAUUAAACUCAUCGAGGCUCCCUACAUUUCCCGGGAUUUGGAUGCUAUCGGAGCAGAGGGAGAGGACACAGUGGUGGUGAUCGGAGUGGGGCAGCACUUCCGGGCCUACCCCCUGGAGCUCUUUGUCCGCAGGUUGCUGAGCCUGCGGGGGGCCAUCCAGAGGCUGCAGGCCCGCAGUCCCGGGACCCGCAUCUUCAUCAAGCUGGAGAACACCAGGGAGCUCUCCUCAGAACCAGAACGCUUCAGCGACUGGCACGGACACCUGCAGAACCUGGCUCAGAGGAAGGUGUUCGGGGACCUGGAGGUGGGGUUUGUGGAUGCCUGGGAGAUGACAGUGGCUGCCAACACCUUUGCCAUCUACCCCAACCCAACAUUCAUUGCCAGUGAGGUGGCGGAGUUUCUGUCCCGUCUCUGUCCUACUCCACAGGAUACCAGUGCUAGAUCAGUGUCAUGUAAUAAAUUUUCUUAAUCUUUGUAGACAAA